AUGAAGAAAUUAAACCAAUAAAAAAGUAUAAUUAAAUCCAAUAGACUGUACUAUUGGACCUAUUUUUGACAAGCGUCCACCAUAAAUUUAUAAAUUAUCAUUAAAUUUAAGAAGUUUAUUAAGAAUACUGGUGUUUUGCAUUUGGAUUCAAGAUAAAAAGUUCAAUAAUGGCUGGAGUAUCUAAAGAAGAUAUAAAAAUUUGGAAGAAGGAUAAUUAAGAGAUUCAGGAGUAACCUUAAAAGGUCAUAAUUUAGAUGUCACGUGUAUUAUUUUAAGUAAAAGAUAAAUUGGUUUAUACCUGGUAGUAUAGAUUAUAAGAUUAUUGAAUGGAAAAAGAUGGUUAAUACAAUUUAUUGAGAACAAUCAUAACCUUGUGACACUUAGUCUAUUGUAUAGUGUUUAUUAUUAAAUUAAAGUGAAAAUUGAAUAUUUUCUGUUCAUUCGAAUGGAUCAAUUAAGAUUUGAACUUAAAUACAGAUAAGAGUUAGUUGAUGUUUCAUUAUUAGGUUCAUAAGCAUUGUAAAAAUAUUGGUUAAAUGAGUAUGAAUGUAAAUGAAACACUAAUAAUCUCAUAUAGAGAUGAUAAAAAAGUAAUAGUUUGGAAGAAGAAGGCGAUUGAAAAGAUUUAAGUUUAAGUGAGUUUUAGAAUAUCUUAAAAAUGA